AUGGAGCAAACCAAAGCUCUUAACGCGCUCGAGCCGUUCUUGGCCCUCCACAAGACUGCCACCUCCCCCAUCGCAGCCGCCGACCUCGUAACCCGCGCAACUUCGGCCCCGAACACCUACCUCUUCUCCGAACUCCUCCACACCCCCUCCAUCCAAUCUCUCGCCUCCUCCCCGACUCACGCCUCCUCCCUCGCCCUCCUCCAGAUCUUCAGCUACGGCACCUACGCCGACUACCGCGCCGCCUCCCCGGCCCUCCCCAAGCUAAACGACUCCCAAACCCUCAAGCUCCGCCAGCUCUCCCUGCUCAGCCUCGCCCGCGACAGGCGGAACCUUACCUAUGAGAAGCUGUCCGAGGCUCUGGGCCUCGACUCGACCCGCGAUUUGGAGAACCUUGUCGUGACGGCCGUGUAUGCGGGGCUUCUUGACGCUACGCUCGAUCCGAAUCGUCAGGUCGUGCAGGUGCAUAGCGUCGCUCCCCUCAGGGACCUCGCGCCCGGAGCCGUGCCUCCCAUGAUGGAGAAGCUGUCCGCCUGGUCCGAUAGGUGCACGUCGACCCUUACGGACCUAGAGGCCGAGAUCCAGGCUAUCAAAGACCAGGCCGCGAGACGCCAGUGGGACCAGGAGCUCAAAGAAAAGGAGACGCAGAGGCUCACGGCUCUGCUGAAGGAACCUACGUCGGAGAGUGCCGGGAAGAAAUCUGCUGCUGCUGUGGUUGGGAAGGGGAUGCGUUUUGGGAAGAGGGGUGCUGUGGAUGAUCAUACCGAGGAGGCUAUGGAUGUCGAUGUUGAUGACGAUGCGGGUAGUAAGGUUCGAGUUAGCAGGAGGAAACUCUGA